AAAAGGUAGAUGAGAUUUUUUUACAGCUAAAAUGAUGUCGUACAGUUGACACUCCCAAAACUUCCAAGAAAAGCAUCAGAUCCAAUCCAAUCCAAUCUUCUCUCCCUCCUCAAUCAUUUCUCAUUAGAUAAAGAGAGAGAGAGAUAGAAACUUCAGAGCUCAGUGAGGAAGGAAACGCAUCGCCAUGGACGAUCGACCUCCCCUCAGCCGCAGAAUCCAUUUCCUUCUUCUCGCCUGGCUUCGCCGUACUCGCUCCGGUAGAAUAGAGUUUGUGAGACGAUUCGGAUACAAGGAACUCGUGAAAGCAACCGAAGGUUUCCGUAAGGUUAUUUACACCAACUACCACGGUUCUGCAUACACUGCCAAAUUCAAAGGCGGCGAGGUUGCUCUGGUCAAAGAACUCAAGUCUCUCGAUCUCGGACGCGAGAGGUUCUAUGAGGAAGUCCAGCUCUUGGGACGCUUACGUCACCGCCAUCUCCUCACUCUUCGCGGCUUUUGCACCGGACGCAAAAGGAUGCUAGUGUAUGACAAUAUUGAAAAUGGGAGCUUGAAAGAACAUCUCAAUGAUCCGCUUAAGACUCCUUUGAACUGGAAGACUCGCAUCCAAAUAGCUAUUGGGGUCGCAGCUGCAUUAGAAUAUUUGCUGAUCUUCAGCAGUAGUGAUGCACAGAUCUAUGAUGUUUCAGUGAACUCAUGUAACAUCAUGCUGGAUCAAAACUUCACCCCAAAAAUUACAGACAUCCGCAUCAACAGACACACACAAAGCCAUCCCAAAACAACCAACGAUGCUUGCUCCGAAGGAUCAUGUGCGGAUGAGGAAUGCGGAAACGUGAUAUUCCAGCUAGGAGUGUUGAUGUUGGAACUGAUCACAGGACAAUCAUCAGACAGACAAGGCGAAGACUUGAUCGAAUGGGUACAACACUCUUGCAUUGCAAACUCCAUUGAUAAGAUGAUUGAUCCAGAUCUCGGCAACAGCUACAACUCUAGAGAACUCCAGAAGGUGCUGGCAGUGGCUCGACUCUGUAUAAAAUCGAGGUACGAGCCACCUUCCUUCUCAAUAACACAUGUUUACCGGUAUCUACAGAAGAAGAUUGAUGUUGCAUCAUAACGGUCGAAACUGUGAUGACAUAUGGCCCCAUUUCAGACAAUUCUAGAUGUAAUAAUAAUAGCUAAUAGAGUGAUAUAUCAUUGUACUAGACUUGUGUCUUGAUCAGCAACCCUGUACAACUUAUGAUAGAUAGAUAAAGCAUUUUCAAUAACUGUAGAAAGAAA